AUUAAAUUGAAUUUGAAUAACCUUUGAAGAAUUCAAAUAAAGCCAACCGGUUAUUUUCGGUUAUACAUCACAUCGUACUGCUAGCUAAUCAAUUAUUAAUAAACCCUGCUACAAUGAAUUCAAUUGGAAUUGAGGAAUCAAGCGAUUCGUCAGAUGGAUUUGAUUCUGAAAUGGAAGAUGUUUAUAUAACAGUCGAGGUGCCUUUAAUCAGCGAAUCUUUAAUCACAACAAGUUUCGAGACGUUUCAUCCUGGAUCUCGUCCUGUUUUGAAUCAAUCACAAAAUCAUAAUAGAUCUUCAUAUUCAAAAUAUGUGAGCAGCCAGUCAGAAAAUCUAAAGAAAAAAAUACCAACUAAAAGAGACACUAGGAAUCGAAAAAACAGUACCGAUAAGAAUAAUGAUUACAAUGACAGCAAUAAUGACGAUGAAGAUGAAAAUGAUAAUGAAAUUGGGGAUAAUGAAAUUGAGGAUGAAAUUGAUAAUGACAAUGAUAUUGAUAAUGAAAAAUUGAACUCUAAAACUUUACCACCAAUAAAUUCAAUUUCAAACAAUUUAGAAUAUCCAUUCAACUUUAUAAAGCCUACAUCGGUAUUACAAAUUUCUGGAUUAGAAACUGAGCACCCAUUAUUUAAGAUUGACGAUAACUUUUUUAGAGGCAGCUGGGAGAAUUUAGUUGGAACUGAAGUGUUUGUAAAUGAUAAUGGAGAAAAUGUAUUGCCUAAUGGUGGAGUUAAAAGUCGAAUCAAGUUGCAGUUUGGAAGUUUUAAGAAAAAAAAAAAAAUUUAUGGAAAAAGUGAACAUAAAAAUGGUGAAAGUAAUAAGGAUAAGAGUGUGAAGAGUGGUCAUAGUAAUCAUAAGAAAAAGACUAAUGAUGAUGAUGAUGAAGAUUAUGAAGAAGAGAAUCAGAAUGAUGACAGAAUUGACAAAUCCGGGAUAAAUCAUGAAAAGUCGGUAAAGUCAUUAGCAAGAGUGAAUUUGUAUGAAAAUGCAUUGAAUUUAGCAGAAAAGCUUGAAAAGGAAGAUAUGAUACAACAUAAGAAAGAUAAUAAGUAGCAAGAACAAUAAGGAUAAUGAUUUUAAAGUGUAAAAU